UGCGGACGUACCGAAGCAGUAACGUGUGGGCCCUAGUUAGCUACACCGGGCUCUAACAUUAGCAAACUGCAGAAAAAUAAAAGUGAAUGCCAGUGUUUCAUCUUACAUGUAGAUAAGGGACACUUUGAAAAGCUGCGGUCUGACAAUGGGAGCGAACAACAGUACCCGCCGCGUGUCGUUUGAGUCAGACGAGAAUGAGAAUAUAACGGUGGUGAAGGGCAUACGGCUUUCUGAGAAUGUCAUCAACCGCAUGAGGGAACCUGACACUCCUCCUAAACCUCAACGUGCUCCCACUCCACCACCCCCCAUGGCGCCUAUCCUCACUCCAUCUCUCCUGCGGCCAGUGCCUCCCCUCUUCGACCCGAUCACCUCCUUGCCUCCUCCCCCUCCUCCUGUAGAACCUGUUGCAUCUCCAGCUCCUCCUCCAUCAGCUCCAUCUGCCACAGAGACUGUGGCUGCACCUCCACCGCCUCCUCCUCAGCCUCCUACAGAACAGCCCCCAGUGGAGCCAGUAACCCUUGCUUCUGUCCCUGAGCCAGCGGUAGAGCCUGAAUCAAUUUCGGCCCCACCACCACCUCCUGCUGCACCAGCCGUUGAUGAGGAGGCCCUGAGGAAGAAGAUCACUGAUGAGCUGUAUAAAAGCUUGGAGCAGGACAGGGCCAAGGCAGAGCAAGAGCUGCAGGCCUGGAUCGAAUCAGAGAAGGCCCGAGCAGCAGCCCAGGCUCAGGCUGAUGCCCAGUCCCAGGUGCAGGAUGAAGUGUCCAGGAUUCUGUCUGUGGAGCGGGCCGUGGCCCAGGAGAGCAUCCAGCAGGCUGUGAUAAGAGAGAGGAUCGCCACUGAGGAUGAGAGGCUCCGCGCUCAACUCUAUGCCAAGCAGCUGGGGGCCAGAGAAGCAGACCUAAACAAGCAGGAUGCUUUCUACAGGGAGCAGGUGGCCCGGCUGGAGGAGAGGAGUGCUCAGUUCUACAAGGUCACCACGGAGAACUACCAUAAAGCUGCAGACCAAGUGAACGCCAAGUUCAGGCGGUAUGAGACGUAUCCUGUGUGUGCAGACCUGCAGGGCCAGAUCCUCGCCUGCUACAAGGAGAACGUUGGGAAAACCCUUCACUGCUCCAACAUAGCAGCCCUUUACCUCCAGUGUGUCAACAACGCCAAACAGAACAAGUUGAGGACCGGGGGUUAAGGAAGAGAGGGUAAUAAAGAGAAGAGUUUAUUGUGUGGGAUUACUGAUUAUCGACCGACUGACAAACCGGAGUGGAGGAAGUGAGGAAUGAGUCAGCACCAAGACACGCACCCUCAAAAAUCCCUUGUGGAGAACCGAACUGGACCAGACUAGAGGCACCAAACACAGAACCCUGAUAGAGAAUAGGCACCUUUUCCCUUGAUUCCUAUCUCCUUUCCUCACCUUUCUCACCUUUUGUCUAUCUCUCCUGUGAGUACGUAGGAAUGCAGUGACACUAACAUUUUGGAGAAAGUGACGGGACCCUGCAGGCCUGAGCUCGGCCCGCUAGAUGGACAGUAAAGACGAACCAGAACAACCUCAAUAAAGCAUCCUCUUCCACAAACCACUUGGACCCACCCACUUUCACUCCACUCACACCAUUAGGGACCGUUCGUUAUUUAUCAGAGGGCAGGGGGAGGGGUUUGCAAAACAGGAAAGGCACAUCAGAUAACUUUUUAAGAUCUGGGGACAGAAUUAUGUUUUUUUGAUUUAGCUUCAACUUUAUCCCUUUGAUACUUGAGCAAAUUGUUUUGAUUUCUUUUAAAAACAUGGAGAGAAGGUAAUGAGCAACUUAAAAAGAUUUGACAAAA